AUGCCUAUUCUACCAAAACCUGGCAAUCUCAAAGAUCCAGAUAUAGCCGGCUUGUUUAGCCAUGAAGAUCCAGACAAGAUAUUUUCAGACCUCCGAGAAAUUGGUCAUGGAAGUUUUGGCGCUGUCUACUUCGCCAGAAAUGUCAUCACUAAAGAAGUUGUUGCUAUUAAGAAAAUGUCCUAUAAUGGAAAAGGUGCUAUGGACAAAUGGCAAGAUAUCGUAAGAGAAGUGAAGUUUCUACAACAACUCUAUCAUAAAAAUGUUAUAGAUUAUAAAGGUUGUUUUAUUAAAGAUCAUACAGCAUGGCUUGUAAUGGAAUACUGUCUUGGGUCAGCUUCAGAUAUUUUGGAAGUACACAAGAGGCCAUUAAGAGAAAUAGAAAUAGCAGCUAUAUGUCAACAUGCUUUACAAGGUUUAACAUAUUUACAUGGUUUAGGUAAAAUACAUCGUGAUGUUAAGGCUGGCAAUAUACUACUUACUGAAAAUGGUACUGUCAAAUUAGCUGAUUUUGGUUCUGCAUCAUUAGUGAGUCCAGCUAAUUCAUUUGUUGGUACACCAUAUUGGAUGGCACCAGAAGUGAUAUUAGCUAUGGAUGAAGGUCAAUAUGAUGGCAAGAGUGAUAUAUGGUCAUUAGGCAUUACCUGUAUAGAAUUAGCUGAAAGAAAACCUCCAUUAUUUAAUAUGAAUGCUAUGAGUGCCCUGUAUCAUAUUGCUCAGAAUGAUUCUCCAAGUCUUUCUGGUGGUGAUUGGUCUAAUGAUUUCAGGAAUUUUGUUGAUGCGUGCCUCGCCAAAUCCCCUCCAGAUAGACCCUCAGCUGAGGAACUAUUACAUCAUCCAUUUAUAAGCAACUCUAAUCUAUGUGAUGUUAUAAAUGAAUUAAUCUAUAGAACAAAGUCUGCUGUUAGAAAGUUAGAUAAUUUACAGUACAGAAGAUUACAGAAGUUAAUAUUAAAUGGUGAACAUGCUGAUGGUAAUGAAACCAGAGAUUCUGUUGAUGCUGAUGAUGUAGUUAUUGAUGAUACUUCUUCUCAGGUACUUAAAUCAGGUAGUUUAACCAGUCAUAACAGCAAUACAGCUAGUAGUCAGAGUAGUUUAACUAGUUUUCCUGGUAAUGUUAAUGAUAUUACUAGUUUUACUCAAGUUGAAGGCAGUGUAAGUAUACCAUACCAUGCUUGUAUCUUGACAAAAUAUUUAAAACCCUCAAACUUGGUCUAUGUAAAAUAUUCAACACCCUCAGCCAGUAGCUCUAGUUUAGAUGUUAGUCCAAGUAACUUUGCUACAAUACGUACAACCUCCAUUGUUCAUAAACAAAUUAAAGAGCAUGAACAUUCAAAUGAAUUACGUGAACAGUUCACAGGUUAUAAAAGAUUACGGAAACAACAUCAAAAAGAAUUACAUACAAUGGAGACUAAAUUUGCAGUAGAAAUGGAAGAACAUAAGACAAAGUUAGAUCGAGAAUAUGAGAAUUUACGCAAUAAGUUUGCUAAAGAACUGGAAAGACUGAGAAUUACUCAUAAUCAGGAAUUAGAGAAAAAGGUAAUGUUACUUUUAUUUAAAAUUCAGAUCUUCAAAAUGUAUCUUAAACCAAAUUUUAAUAGAAAACUUCCGCAGCAUUGCUAUUUUCUAAGUUUGUAUCUUUUUCGUGACACAACAGAAGGGAUAAAUGCAUGGUAA